AGCGGCUCUGGAAUUGACUGGAUGGGUAUCCUUAAAACAUUCUUUUUCUUUGACAGGUCACAAUGUACGUAUUUUCCAUUGGCACGUCACUGGACUUUUGAUGAUAGAAUUCGUAGAAAUCAUUUUUUACGUUCUGUCCCAUGUGAUUUUCUUCUCUCUCGAAAUUCACGACCUUGAUGCUUCCUUCCAGCCACGUAAUCCAUCGUACCAGAAGUGAAAAACAAAUAACAGAGCCGCCCAAAAGCCUACUAUGGCUACUACGAUUUCUCUUAACUAUGGCCGAUUACCGUUCAGAGUUGGACUUUAGGCCAUAAUUGCUACUUCUCUUCGGUUAUUUAUUUCUCAGAUUGGCUUCUCCUUCUGGCAAAUCUAGAAGUGGAAUCGAUGUUGCUCGUCAAUGCUUUAGCCGUAGCUCGAAUGACGACGAGAGAUUUCGCUCUGCAAAAUGAUGUCGCUUUAGGAUCAUUUCAAUGGUUACUUUACGCAGGAAUCUCAUGCUUGCUCGUCCUCUUCGCUGGUAUCAUGUCUGGUUUAACGCUUGGUUUGAUGUCUCUUACUCUCGUCGAUCUUGAAAUCCUUCAAAGGAGUGGAACCCCUGCAGAGAAGAAGCAAGCGGCUGCUAUCCUUCCAGUUGUUCAAAAGCAACACCAGCUCCUUGUGACUUUGCUUCUAUGCAAUGCUUGUGCCAUGGAGGUAAUUGUGCAACUGGGAUUUCCUCUUCUAAUGAUAUGCUAAAGAUUUAGCUUGAAGUUAUAAAUAAUAAUAAUAAUAAAAAUUAAAUCGUUGCUUAUAAUUAUAUGCCUAGCAUGCUGCUUCUUUUUUCUAUUUGGCUAGAAAUAUGGUGCCUGCAAUCAUAUGCAAUGCUUUAUUGACCAGAACAGUUAGUCUACUAAUGUCAGGUUAUAAGGACCCACACACAUAGAGGGUGAGUAUGCUUUGUUUACUAGGUUAAAAAUAGAAUUUAAAAUUUGUACCCUCAAAACUACUACUAUUAACAGCAAAAAAAAAAAAAAAAAAACCAGAAGUGAAAAGAGACAAAAGUUAGGGUGAUGCGGAUCCGGAUUCCAAGGACUGAAAUCGGAUCACUUAGGGCCCACAAGAAUGACUAAAAAUCUCAAAUUUAAUGAUUGAGGGGCAAUAUUGUAAAUUCAGAAACAACCAUGUGCAUUACUGAUAUUAUAACAAGUGACAGGGAUGACAAAAAUAGGAAAAUUAAAAGAGGGGGUGUUCUGUAAUUGAUAAAGUAGGGAGGAACUAAUAGAACACACUUUUCAGUAUAAGGGGUUUAUUUGUAAAUUAAAGUAACUAUCCUUAGUUGUAAUUUCAGAAACCCUAUCCUCUUCUUCUUCUUCACGAUAGAACACAAAACGGUAACCAAGUGUAGACUUUCAAAGGAGUGAACUCCCUCACCAAAGUUGCUGGAUCUGCAAGUUUAGGACAAGGAUCGAAACCCCAAGCCCUAUUGGAUGCACUUGACAACCAGCAGUGAUAGACUCCACCAGCAGGAACUAAUUUAUUCUGCAACUCAGUCUAUCGCAGGUACAGAACCAGAUCUGAACUUCUGGUCAGAGCUUCCGGUAGAGACCAAACUUGGUCUUGGAUCUGUGUAUGGUGAGUCGUUUCUAUUGUAGGAAUGAGUCCCAAAAA